GUCAGUGCGUGCUGCUGCUGGCUGUGGUGCCGCCAUGGCGGCUACCCUGGAGUGCUCGGUGGAAGAUCCGCUGCGGAGCUUUGUGCGAGUUCUGGAGAAGCGAGAUGGGACGGUGCUACGACUACAGCAGUAUGGCUCCGGCGGCGUGGGUUGCGUUGUUUGGGACGCUGCCAUCGUGCUUUCUAAGUACCUGGAAACGCCCGCGUUUUCUGGUGAUGGAGCCCACGCUCUGAGCCAACGAUCGGUGCUGGAGCUGGGCUCAGGUACCGGGGCCGUGGGGCUCAUGGCCGCCACCCUCGGGGCAGAUGUUGUGGUCACCGAUCUUGAGGAAUUGCAAGACUUGCUGAAGAUGAAUAUUAACAUGAACAAGCAUCUUGUCACUGGUUCUGUUCAAGCCAAGGUACUGAAAUGGGGGGAAGAAGUAGGCGAUUUUCCUUCACCAGACUACAUACUGAUGGCGGACUGCAUAUACUAUGAAGAGUCUUUGGAGCCAUUGCUGAAAACUCUAAAAGAUCUCAGUGGAUCUGAAACUUGUAUUAUAUGUUGUUAUGAGCAACGUACAAUGGGAAAAAAUCCAGAAAUUGAGAAAAAAUAUUUCGAGCUCCUUCAACUAGACUUUGACUUUGAAAAAAUUCCUUUGGAAAAACAUGAUGAAGAAUAUCGAAGUGAAGAUAUUCACAUUAUAUACAUCAGAAAGAAAAAAUCAAAAUUGCCAUCGUGAAACUUUAGCCAUCCGACCCACGCCUCUGACAAGCUUGGUGAACUAGAGGUACGAAAGGAAUGGAGCAUGUGAAUACAGCAUGGGAAGAUUGUGUGUACGGACUUCUCAGCAUGUCCUUAGAGAUCUGAUACAUGGGUGACAACCAGCAUGGGUUGCCUGACAGUGGCCCUGAAACCCAACUUAGGUUUACAGAGCUCAGCACCAAGUUCUGCUUAAAAGAGACCUUGGGCAUCAGCCACUCAAAUAAAAAUAGUUGUUAAGGUUAGCCUAAAGUCUGCCAGAAAUAAAUAAUAAAGCAGCAUGAUUCACUGGGCAUAUUUUCAGGAAAUUAGAAAUCUAGUUUGUAAUGAUAUGUAUCUAUUACUAUAUAAUGUUUCAAAUUCCCAGCUAGUAAAUUUUAGUUUAUCCUCAAGAAAUUUCACUCUUAUAUAAUUGUGUAGUAGUUUUAUCUUUUGUUUCAUGUAUCUUUAAUACUUAAAUAUUUUCACUUUUAAAAAAACUUGAGAAUGAUAUCUUGUAUACGGAUAUUAGCCAGAGGCAUGUGAAUGAUUUCAACAGUGAAUGAUACUGUUGUGAAUUACUAAGAAGACAAACCAAGAGAUUGGGAGAACAAAAGGUAUCUUCACAAAACUAACUACUCAUUUGGGAAGAAAUAAGAAUAGAAAGCCCAGUUUCAGGUUUAUGCAUAUAUGUGUCUUGUGCAAUUUUCCUCUUAUAUAUCUUCCAGGAAAAUCUAGUUUUUAAAACACUGGUAUUAAGUUACCUUGUUUACAUGAAACAGAUGUUUGAGUACCUACAAAUGUAGUUCUGUAUACAUUCAUCAAACUGUUUUUACUGUGAUUUCUCCAUUUUUUGUUAUGAUAAUCAUCUGUUCACAUAGACUAAUCGGUGAAGGACUUUAAUCACACCAGUUCCAAAGAGUAGUAACCACACAGAAACUGGUAUUUAUAGGCAUUGGUGCUAGAUGCACAUUUUAUGUGUUAAAAUAAACAUCGUUUUUGAAACUCUGUGACUUUGUGAAUGUCUCAGAAAUCGUUUUAAAGAAAGUGAACAUCUAAAGUCGGUAACUGGUUUCUAGAAAAAGCAAAGGCAACCCAGAUAAGAGACUUUGAAGAU